GGGGGGAAAUUAUUGGAUGGCGUAGAUCGAGUUUAAUAAACUCGAACUAGUGUAGAUCGAGUGUAUUAGACUCGAACCACUGCAUCAGUUUACGAGGAUAAAAAGCCCUCACUUAGCACAUUCUGGCAGCUCUUUUACUUUCUAUCUUCUUUCUUCCAAACACAAUCUGCAGCAGCUGGAGCACCAUAGCUCACCACCAAAGAAGAAAAUUUUUGAAGAAAUGGGUAGAAAUUUUCGAAAAUUCGACUUAUUGAUUCGGUGGAAUGGUCGAAUUACCCAUUUUCAUGAUAGUAUUGACUACGAAGAUGGUGAAUCAAGUACUGUCCCGAUUAAGAGCAUAUUUACUUGGCAAGAACUCAGCCAUAUUUGUGCGGAACGAUGCUGCAUAGGAGGGAGAAGAGUAUGCAAGAUGACUUACCGUAUGCCGGUUUACAAGGAUUAUGCACUUGUAUAUGAAGGAUCAGUUUUGUCUGACGAUGAUGAUGUUAAUAUGAUGAUGAGAUUUAUUGCAGAGAACAGAUUUCCAACUGCUGAGGUGUAUGUCGAGACAGAAGUUGUUGGCCAAUAUGGUGGGGGCGGUUAUACCGAACAAGGUGAAGGAUCGGGAGGUUUUUCCGGUUCAGGAGAUUUCAGAGUGCGGCAUGAUGCACCAUGGCCAACAUACGAGGAUCGAACUGCAACUGGUCCAUUGGUGGAACAUGACGGACAGGAGUGGCCAGUAUGGGGUGGAGAAUGGGAUUACAUAAGGGCACCCAGACAAGCAUCUACAGCAGCAUCUGGCAUCAACAAUGAUCCAUAUGUGGAUAAACCAAGUCCUCCGUACACUAGCGAGGCAAGCGACGUGGAAGACGAAGAGUUAGAAUCAAUGAGUAGUUCAGAUGGUGAAGAUCUGGAAGUUGACGAGGGGGAAUUUGAGCCCCCCACACCUCACUACACG